GAAAGGGAUGCAGGAGUCUUUGUAGGGAGAGCAGCGCCGAGCGCAGCCGCUGCCGAGGAGCUGAGCAGGCCCCUGGUGCUGAUGUUGUCAUCUGUGUCUCUGUUGUGUAUUAUUUCCAGCUGAUUGGUAAAGAUGGAAAGAGGGAGAGGAGAAGGAGGAGGAAGGAACCUGGGAGGCUCUGGCCUGCACAGGAACAUUUAUUCCCAGUCCCAACAGCAGUACCACUACCCGGCCUCCUCCCAGGGGAGCUGCAUGGAGAUCCAGGAGCUGGCCUCCAAGAGGGUGGACAUCCAGAAGAAGCGAUUUUAUCUGGAUGUGAAACAGAGCUCCCGCGGCCGCUUCCUGAAGAUCGCCGAGGUCUGGAUAGGAAGGGGCAGGCAGGACAACAUCAGGAAAAGCAAGCUGACCCUCUCCUUGUCCGUGGCUGCCGAGCUGAAGGACUGCCUGGGGGACUUCAUCGAGCACUACGCCCACCUGGGCCUGAAGGGCGGCCACGGCCACCGGCACGAGCACAGCAAUGACAAGGAGCAGCAUCCCCGGAGGCGGCCCCAGCACCCGCCGCCCUCGCCCCCGGCGUCCGUGGGCUCCGAGGAGCCCCCCCACAGCGUCCUCAAAACGGAGUACAUCGAGAGGGACAACAGGAAGUACUACCUGGACCUGAAGGAGAACCAGCGCGGGCGCUUCUUGCGGAUCAGGCAGACCAUGAGCAGGGGACCUGGCAUGAUGGGUUACUUUGGCCACAGCUUGGGACAGGAGCAGACGAUCGUCCUGCCGGCGCAAGGGAUGAUCGAGUUCAGGGAUGCUUUGGUGCAGCUGAUUGAAGAAUACGGCGAGGGGGACAUAGAGGAUCGCCGGGGGGGAGGUGACGAGCCCCCGGAGCUCCCCGAGGGCACCUCCUUCCGAGUGGACAACAAGCGCUUCUACUUCGACGUGGGAUCCAACAGGUACGGCAUCUUCCUGAAGGUAAGUGAGGUGAGGCCGCCCUACCGUAACACCAUCACAGUUCCCUACAAAGCGUGGACACGGUUCGGGGAAAAUUUUAUCAAGUACGAAGAAGAGAUGAGGAGGAUUUACAACAGCCAUAAAGAGAAAAGAAUGGAUGCCAGAGGGGACAGUGGUGAAGAGCAAGAGGGUCUGGAAUAGAGUGCAUUGGACAAUUAACCAAACAAAGCAAGCAGAAAUUGGUGAGAGGGACUGACCUAUAGUAAUUCCAAGUUGCCCCAGUUUUUUGUAAAGUCCUUUUCUGGUAGUUCUUGCUAACUCCAGUACAUAGUGUUCUAGGAGGCUGGUUAUCAUGUUAAACUAUGCCCAAAACAUCUCCGUGUGUCUUAGGAAAGGACCAACCUCCCGAGUCCGUAUGAGUCAGCUGCUUCGAGUGUUGGAGACUGUGGAAGUACGAGUAUCAGCACAAACAAAAUCCGGCACCCUGACCUUUAAAUAGUCUAGAAAAGGCUUGUGUUGCACUUAAACACGAUACAAAAGUUCCCCCACCCUGAACCUUAGGAUGAAAUGUAUCAGUUACUGCUUAUCACGAGUUUUUCAGGACUGGCUUCUGCCCGUGCUCGGUCCAAAGGCCGAGCAGCAUUGCCGUAGAGCACUUACGGCAAAAAUCAGCUCCACGUGAAUCUCUGGUCUAUGUGUGAGGAGGGAGAGAGGUUUUAAAGUUGGCAUCUCCUGGUUAUUGAGUUGGAAACAAUAGUCUGUUUAUGGGUAAAACCUCGAUAACCGGUCAGACCUCGGUCACGUGCCGGUGAAGGGCGGAAGAUCUCUCAUUCGUUCCAUAGUUUUGUGCUCACCAGAUAACCUGAGUAUCCCAGGACAGCGGAGUGCUCAGCCUGCUGAAUUGAUGGCAGUGAAUAAUAACUCACUCCUCAUCUCCGUGUUCUGCCCGUUAGAGGCUGGUGAUCUUUCUUUUUUUAAUUAUUAUUUUUAAUGUAUUUUGCCCAACAUUUCAGAAGGUAUUUUUGUAUUAGGCGUUCCAGCAGGCGUCUGUGGAGCGGGUAUUGGGAGGUGGAAGGAAUGCCGCGACCGAGGCUCCUGCCUUCUCUCCCAGAUUAAGGCAGUUUGGGAAGUUGCCACUGCGAGGAAAGCAUUUGGGUGGGUGUUUUCCUCCCCCUGCCGGGAGGAAGACCUUUGAGGUGUUGGGUGCACCACUGGAUUUGUGUAGAAAGGCAUCUCUUUCAUGCUCCCCCAUGGCGCGUCUGGGAAGCUGUGGUGGAUGCCCCGUUGGGUUUUCUGUUGUGUUGAUUGUGCGUGGUGUUGGGGAGACAACAUCUGUGCCCUGCCAUCACCCCCUUCCCCACAGCCUCCUUCUCAAGGAGCUGGAGCUGUCCUUGAGCAGCGCCAGACCUUCGCCUGCCCCAAGGUUUCGGUGUCAUCCUGGAGUCUUUGUGAUGUAAAUUUUAAAUUUCCUGAUAUUAACUCUCUGCCUGGAGGGAGAAUGUGUGCAAUUACCUGGUUGGGAGGUUGAUGAAAGAUUCUGUGUUUCUUAAAACAUGAAUAUUGAUAGCAUAAGGGGCUUGUCUGGCCUAUGGGCAACCAGCUCCUUCCCCCUGAACCAGUGGGAGUUUGAUUGAGCUCCAGGUACUUCUCGUAGCGUGUUGCUCAUCUUUAAGAUUGUUUUAAGCAGGCGUUACCAUGUCUGAUCAGAUAUUUGUAAUCACUCAAAUUGUUUCAUUACAGAGUGGCUUAGUGUGCAUGUGGACCGGCUAUUUUUCCAUGCAAACAUGACCUGUUUAAUUUUUUAAACUUUUGAGAAACAUCUUUAUCUCCAACCAGACUGCUCACCACUCCAUGUCUGGAGCCACCUGCACACUGCAUGGCCACGCUCAAUCCGAAUGCUGUUGCCUGUUAACGUCAUAAUGAGAAAGGCUGGGGAGACAGGGUUGGGAACCAAGAGGAUAAUCUGGAUUUUAGUUUGGGUACUAAAACUAGUCAAUCUGUUUUAAAAAAAGAAAAAAAAAACCGAAAAAAAAAACAACAGCUUGCACCAAAGUCACCAAAGAACCUUUAGGAAAAUGUUACAGUUGUAACAAGAAGUAAGAAAGUUAAUUUCACUGUUUUAGGUGAUUCCCCCUUUAAAACCAUAUAUAGCAGUUACAGCAACCAAGCCUUUGGCUUAGUGUCAAAAUCUCCCAUCCCUUUCUCCAUAGGUUGCUCUUUCAGGUCCCUUUUCAAACCUGGAAGAGAUGUUUUUGCUCCAUCACUCGAGCAGCCAGUGGACCGUGAUGAAUCAGCGGGAGUUGUGUGGGGUACUGGUUCAUCAUCGCUCUUACGGCUUUGGUCCCAAUGGUUUUAACAGGUCAAUUGAAAAAAAAUAACCCACAAAACCCCACGUUAAAAGACCUCCACAUCCUGUUAUGGUGUGAAACCAGAAUUUGGUGAAUGAGUCGUUGAUGCGUACGUUAGCGUAUCGCUGACUGCUGCUGCCCGUCACAGUGCCUGAGGUAAAAAAUUCACUUCUAGUCCAACAAACCGGAGCUAUGAAUGUACGAACUUUUUACGCUCUCCUUCCCGUUUCUGUGUGGCGUUCCUCCCCUGCGAGCUCGGCGUCUCCCAUCCCUGCCCGCCUUUGCCUCAAGGGAUCAUGGAAGCUCCUCGGUUGGAAUUAGCCUGAGUGGCCACAUGUGUUGUAAGUGCUCAUGCCUUCCCUGUGUUCCUGUAGUGUUGGUGAGGAAAUUGCUCGUGAUUGGAAAGGGGUGUUUUCUUCACCAUUUUAGAAGGAAAAAAGGAUGCAAAAUUGCUUUCCUUAUUGCUGCCCAUUUUUUUGAAAACCCCUUUGUCUUUCGUUAAUGAAUUGGCCUUCAAUGCCGUUUUUUUAUUGUAAAUGUCACCCAGGAGUCCAACAACUGCUGGCUGUCGGGCCGGCCUGGGUUCUGGCACGCAGGUGUCCCGUAGGAUCCGCUAAUGCAUUUACUCCCCUGGCACGGGAUGCACCUUAGUAUCCAAACCCGGAUCGGGAUCUUCACGUUCAUCGCCGAUCACUCGUGGGUGGGCCGGCGGCUGCGGGUGUCGGUCGCGGUGGGAAACACCGGUGUUCGCGGAUGUUGGGCUGGAGGAUAACGGCUUUCCACGCGAUGGGAAGCACAUGUUGGGUUGGAGGGUAGUAGGGAUGCACUCGGAGUGCAGCAAUGCAAGACUUGAACGGUGAGAUUCAGAAACGGGUUCCUUUGUAUUUUUGGCAGCACGUCUUCAGAGCGGUGACCACGUGGGCUGCUGGUGCCCAGAAAGGCCCAGCGAGAUGCUCGGGAACACUGAAUCCCUGAUGUGUUUUAAAUGUUCGUUCCUGACGCCCUGAAACUGCCAUGUCCCUUAAACUUGAGAAAACACAAGCUUAUUUGCACUAGAAAGAACGGCCAAAAACAAUCCUUAGGAGGACAGGGUGAAGAGCACCGGUCUGAACCUCUUUUUCUCAUGAGAGAAUUUCCUAUUCAAGCCCUCACCUCUGUUUCGAAAUAGUAUGGUCCCGGCAGAAAGUCUGUCAGUUGAAUUAUUAAAUCCUAAUGCACUUUAUAUUGUGUAAAUAAUGCCAGGAGCACAUUUCUGCUCCCGCUCCGGUAAGGGGAUGCUUUGGUAACGUAGUCUAAUGCUGAGAGAAGCCGUCUCCUGCAUGCACGUGUCUGUCAGAGACCUGUUGAUCCUGCUCGGUCCAGCUCCGCUCGUACGUUAGAGGAGGACAGGCGCUGUGUUGAGGAUCCUCUCAAGCCACCAAGAGUGGGAUGAUGAUUUGGUUUUUUGAAUUGCAAUGUGCAGAGCUGCUGAGCGUCCUCAGCUCCGCCAUCGCAGCAGCUCCUCGCCCCUUCUGCAAACUGGGCCCCCCCGUGUUGCCGUCGAGGCUUAAAACCGAGCUUUGUGCUUGUAGUCUUGACAAAGCCACGUCCAGCAGCUGCCUCAUACCUGGCUUUCCUUGCUGCUGGCACAAAAGGCGGGGUGGUGCCCGGAAAGCUUAUCCCGGAUGGAAGGGGCCGUGGGGGCUUCCCCUGCCUUGCAGCUGGGGGGAUGUUGUGCUGGGUCUGGCCCAUGGAGCCGGCUUUCCUGGUGAAGUACAGAGCUGUGGAAGGGUUGGGAAGCGUUUUGCACUGGUGUGGAGAGGGCGAGCCGCCGGGCGCCACGGGGGGAUGGUGAAACCCUCCCUCGUGGGCUCCAUGCGUGCAGCCUAGAUGGACGAUGGACUUUACCCAGCGAGAAGCUGCAGCGGUUAUUGGUAUCUACUCGUCGUCGUAAGUGUUUCUUAUCUGUAUCCAAUAUAUACCAAUUCAUAUCCACGUAUAGGCAUUAAUAUAUUUAUGUGAGUAUAUCGUAGCCUGUAGUAGCUCGUAGCGAAAUAACCUUAUUUAUCCGAAGUGCAGUCUGAGGAGGGGACAUCUGCUGCCACCACCGGUCUGGAUAAACACGUUAUUCCACCCAGAGCUGGGUGCGAGCUCUUGGCCAAGCCCCUUAAGAAUUCCACAGGUUUUCGGCAAGGCUGCAAGCGCAGUUAAAAGAAGGCAAAGCUCUUCCUUGCAGGCGUCGGUGAGGCGAGGUGAGAGCUGUAAAGAGGCAGCUGCCGGCCACGUCAUGUCUCCAUGCCGUUUUACAGCCCCUGGCUCUGCAAAUCUGUGCUGCCAUGUUCAUAAAAUCCCAAGCAGAAGUAUUAAAAUCCUGUCCUUUAUACAAGAAAGGACCCCCAAGCAAUUACCAAAAUCAAUGUCAGCACUUUUUUUUUUUCAGCUACAGAUGUCCUAGUCUGAUAAUUGCAUCAUUUUUUCCCCCUAUGGCCUACUGAAGUGACCUAAAGUCCCAGGGAAGGGAGCUGGUGGUGGUUAGGAAGCCUUCUGCUCGCGUGACUUGCAGUACUGUUUUCCAAUUCUUGUAAUUUUUAUAGUAGAAAGGAGUUUAUUAUUGUGUAUUUUUAUUGGGCAGAUUUUGCACCAGGUCAAAAACUAUAUAAUAAGUGUUUUCAGUUCCAUGGCAUUCCCACUUUUGCUGUACAUACACUAAAUAUAUGUGAUUUAUGAAAGAAUUCCUGAAGAGAAUUGGACCUUCUGUUUAAUUUCCUAUGCUGCUUACUCCAAAAUUGUUGCCCUUUAUUUUUAAUGACUUAACGUGUUGUGAUGUCUAAAAUUCACCUUUCCCCUCCUACACCUCCAUUCCUUUCACAUAAAGGUUGUAUUUGAAAUUAAGAGUUUAUUCAAGAAGGAGUGAAAUAAAGGCUACUCCAUAAACUGUAACCAAACGAGGCUUUCACAUCACAGCCUUUGCCAAAAUGUAUUGUUUUGAGGUGAUCUGGUCUUGCCUAAAAAUGGCCAAAUCCUGUCAUGGCCACGGGAAAAAAAGCCAAGGGGACAAGGUGCUUCUGGAUUUGGGGGAUUUGGAAAAAGCUAAAGCCAGAUCUUUUGCUAUUCUAUUUCUCCAAAGCCUGCAGAAGCUUUCAUGGGCUGACAUCAAUUUUUCUUCCUAAUAUUUUGUCAGCCUGCGUUCAGUUCCCCACCUGCACCUCAAUAAAGGCAACAGUAUUCUAAAGCAUCGAGGUGAAGUAAAAUAUCAAGAACUCCUGAUAGAUGACAUGGAUUAAAAAUUGGUUUUCCAGAAAUGUCAAAGCAUAAAUUGAGGUUUUAUAAGCCGGAUGUCGUUUUGGCAUUUCUGUGAUGGAUGUAAUUAGAUCGCUCCUUCCCCAUGCGGAGGGAGGCAUCACGCGGAACCCAGACCUGCAGCCCCGGGGCUCUCUCGUGUGCACCAGCUUCUAGAAAGGUGCAGGUGCCUGCUGGCUUCUCAUGUGUGGUGGAUGUGGUUCUGUUCCUGCUGGCCUAGCCUCGAGGGGCCUGGCUGCCCCUCAAUAAAACCGUCAUUAACGGCUUGCUAAUUCAUCUUCUUAAUUGCUAGGCUGCACAGAAACGCUUGGAGUGGCACAUGGAAAUUGCUAGCUCUGCACAGAGUCGAAACUUACAAAGGCAUAUUCUGUCUUUUUGGUGUUUUAGACCCGUCCAACACAGCAGUAUUAAACAGGGAGGGAUAACAGCUGCUGCCUUGGAGGUGUUGGUUGGACACGCAGACAAUGGGAUGGAUUUCUUGACCGCAGUGGGGGAAAUCCAUCCUGCGGGUGCAGUUUGCGUCUGCUCUUGGUGGGGAUCGUUUGCCACGCAGAGAUUGAUGGGAGGCAGAGAUGGCCCUCGGUGGUGGCUGCUGGCAGCCCGAGAAAGCCAGGGCUUAGCGCCCAGCCCCGCUCGGCACCGCGCUGGCACCACAUCUGUGAACUCGUGUGGGCACAAAUGAGCGCAGCGGCAAGGGAGAGAGCAGUAUUAGAGAUAUAUAUGCACGGACAUAUUACAAAUACUCAUUUCCCCCCGUUUCCAAUAGGUCCUUCCCCUGGAGAUAUUAAACACCAUCCAUCGUCUGUUCUGUUUCCCGUACCGGAGACGUUCAGCGUGCAAUAGGAGCAAGAUGGGUUUCACAAGCAAUAUCAACAUACUCUACUACUAACCUUAAAUCUUUACCCUGCAAAACGCGUGCAAUGGAAUCUGCAUUUCAAAACAGCAGAGAGUAUGUGGGAUAAAAGACACGGGUUAACCCCGAGCUCUUACAAGUAUUCCCAUCUGGUCCUUGUUGGGAGCACAUGUUGUUGGCACAAUGCAGAGGGAGAGGGGGAGUAAGAGCAGAGAUAAGUGCUUCCCACCGAGGCAGAGGAACGAGAAGGCAGGAGGGGGCGGAGGGAAGUGAGGACAAGAUGCGUGCUCCAGGGAAUCAUAGAGCAUGAUGAUGGUUUUAUCUAUAGUAGGAGAAACAGGCAGCACCUUCAGCACUGGAGUCCCACUGAGCUGAAGGAGACACAGAGCCUGGAUCCUAAUGCUCUACUCAGGCACCAGGGUAGUUCUCUUGGGCUGGUUCUCCUUCCUCUUUAGGAUCACUAAUAUGCUCUGCAAGUGUCCAAUCUUGCCAGCAAACUCACAGGGCCAAGUGUGUCUGAUGGGUCACUUUUACAGCUCUCCCUUUGAGGCUCAUGUGGCUUGGCUCUUGCUGAGCUGGGAGGCUGGCCCAGGAGUACCUGCAGAAGCUUAGAGGAGCACACAAGUGUUGGAGGCCUGUAAGGUUGGCUGAUCCCAACUUAUGGACACUUGUGUGUGCUUUUCACCGGAGCCAUGCUCCGCAGUCUGCACUGGCUGCCUCUCACUCCGGGAAUGAGCUGUGCAGUGUUAUGUGUAUUGAUGGGGCAGCUGCUCUU